AUGAACGCGAAUAUGUCCGAUCAGGAUUCAUCUGAUCACGGACGUGACCUUGACCAAGCGACGCUGAAGAGGGCGCCGACGAAUCGAAGCAGGGACUCAAGAAGAAGCGUUAGCACCGCACAAUCGAAUAAAUCUGGUUCCCAGAAUCGUGCUUCUAUAUCAUCCGGUCUACGACACAGGAACUCGAACAGACGCGGGACGCAACGAUCUGAUCGGAAUCAUGCCUACACGACUGGCAGAGACCAGAACAAUAGACAACCAUUCACCUUAGCUGGUCCUAGCCAUCAAGAUGGCGAGAACAGUGGACGCGCGCAAAAUCAGCACCAACCAUACGUUGAGCCGGGCUAUGCAGAACUCAACCCUGCAUACGACCAACCUGGAAAUGUGCGACCGAUCUGGGGACUGGCAGAUCCUAUGCCACGCAUUGUACGUCGAGGCAUGAAGCCAUCAGAGGAUGAGAUCCAAGCAGACAGACCAAAGCCUGGAGAAGAAGACGAUAAUGUGUUGCAGCCUACUGACUCUCAAAUGGAGCAAGGCAUGGGUCCAAAGUUGAACUUGAACAAACUUGGCAAGAGCAUACAUGAUGCGACAAAGGACCGAGAACGAAAUUAUGCCGAGAAAUAUGGCAAGAAGUUCGAGCCGCCAUCAGAGAUGGGUCAGGAAUCUCAUACGCAACCAGUUGGGUUUUUGCAGCAGCUCACACCUCCACAAGAGAACGAUGAGGAAGGCGAAGAAGCACUACCGAGGCCCUCGACCAGACGGUCCGGCACAGAACAUUGUCUUCACCAGGAUCGUAGUGAUGACGAGAAGAAGGAUGAAGAGACCAAUGAUGAAGAGGCAGAAUCUACAUCUGAUCAGAUGAAUGAAGGCCAUGUGCCAAUGAACAACAUCCAAGAAGAGCUACACAACCACCAUACGCUAUGGGCAGUUCUCAGGACAAAANNCUACGUAUUCGUGCUGAUAACGAUUGGCAUAUGUGCUAAUGUGGCACACAAUCUUGCUGGUAGCGGCUCCGGCGAUUCAAUGGCAUGGUCAUGGGGGUUCGCGACAAUGACUGCUAUCUACAUUAGUGGUGGUGUGUCUGGAGGACAUCUCAACCCGGCGAUCACGAUCAUGCUCUACAUCUUCCGUGGCUUCCCGAAAAGGAAAAUACUCAUCUAUAUCUUCGCGCAAUUGCUUGGAGCAUAUCUCGGCUCGCUCGUUGCUUAUGGCAUUUAUCGAAAUUGUAUACUGAAUUAUCUGGACUCUAACCCGACGCAAACAACAGAAGUCUACAACUCAUUUGUCACGGACCGCAUGGCUGGUGUGGCUGAUGCUGCUUCAGGGUUUCUUACGGAGCUUGUUGCUGCAGCAAUCAUUGGUGUUGUUGUAUUGGCUCUUGGUGACGACAGUAAUGCACCCCCUGGAGCGGGUAUGAAUGCAUUCAUCAUCGGUCUAGUCAUCAGCAUCGAAACUAUGGCUUUCUCUGCCAGUACUGGUGCCGCCAUCAACCCUGCUCGCGAUAUGGGACCUCGCUUAGCCCUGAUCACAGUUGGCUUCGAUAGACACGAUCUGUUUGGAGAUGGCUGGUGGGUUUAUGGAGCUUGGUGCGCGCCCAUAACCGGCGCCAUUGUCGGAGCGAUUCUCUACGAUGUUGCGAUCUUUGUGGGUGGGGAGUCCCCUCUCAACUAUCCUCGAGGUAGUGUUAAACGAGUUGGGAGCAAGGCCAAGACGCGGUGGAGGCAUAGGUUUCGACACAGGAGAAGAUAG